AUGCCGUUUCCUAAGGGCCUUACAAGCCCUCCGUCUCCGGCUUCCUCUCGGAACAGUGAGCCGUCGUCAUGGGUGGCGAAUGUAGCGGCCUCCCAAGGGCUCAACGCAAAAAUCACCAUCGUAUCCUUCCACGGCCUCUUCCGCAAUCUUGCGGCUGCGAAAUUGAUGAUGAGCCAGGCAUGUCGCCAUGACGGGAUAUUCUACCUCGACAUGACUGGCGAAGACGCUAGGACGCCACUGGACGAGCUCAGCAUCGCGAAGUUUUUGGAAAAUUCGGAAGAGCUGCAUGCCCUCUCUGAUGUGGAAAAGCUGGGCUUCGAACUUGACAAUAUCUUGCCGCUUGGCACAACAGGGUACAAAGCCGCUGGCAAGUUCCACGGGGUUUUGGCCGGAGACUACCCCCUCGAAGAAGAUUGGCUCAUCACCGGCAACGCAGUCGACGACCCCGCACAUUUCCGCGCCCAUCUGCCACCUCCCCUCUUCGACAAGCUCUUCGACUUCUAUGCCAUAGCGCGCUUCCACUUCAUCGGUCUGAGCCUCCUCGAUCACCUCGCCGUUGCCCUCUCAAGCAAGGACCUUCGAGCCGCUCACACCGAUGGCCACUCAAACAUGUCAUCCUUCAUUCUCACAAAAUGCAUUGCCACGACCCAAAGCCAAGCCGAUAACGUGGAAGCCCACACCGACCCCGGGACCCUCUUGAUCCUCUUCAAUCCGCCACCAUCCCUACAUCUCUUCCGGCCAGCCGAUCCCCGACAGCCGACAUCUAAGCCUAGAUACAUUCCUAUCAGUCCUCCGGCGGGUUCGGCAGCUGUCGUUGUCGGCGACGCCCUCAGCUUCUUAUCUCGAGGCCGGCUGCAGGCCGCGCGGAUGGCCAUGGUAUCUGCAAAAGGUAUGGACAAUGUGGAAGAGUGGCACUCGGUGGCCUACCGUCUGGGCCCGGAUGAGAAGGCGACGCUGGUAGACUCGAAGAAGGUGAAGUGGCCGGCGUGCGACUGGCACGCUGCGAGGAUGGGGGUGGAGGCGGAGGCGGACGAGACUCUAUAA